AUGCGCGAUGUAGCCCUCGACGAAAGCCUGUAUAGUCUCGACGAGGAGGAGAGUGCAUUCUUCAAAUCGCAGACCGGCAUAGAGGACGACGAGGCUCUCAAGUCACAUAUUCUCAGAGUCCAGAAGGAGGCUUACGAGGUCUGGCCGUUCCCGUGUAUCCGGCGUUUCUCCUUUACGAAGUUGAAGAUCUCGCGCCUUCCUGCCUACCCGCAGUUGGUGACUCUUGGAAGGCACCGCCCGGGUGCUAUCCUUCUCGACCUCGGAACCUGCUUUGGCAACGAUGUAAGGAAGGCCGUCGCAGACGGCUUCCCUGCACACAACACCAUCGGGUCUGACAUCGAGCCAGCAUUUUGGAGGCUUGGUCACGAGCUGUUCAAGUCAACUCCUGAGACCUUCCCAUCCACAUUCAUUGCGGGGGAUGUCUUUAACUCUGCCUUCCUGGAGACGCGUCAACCGCUCAAGGCUGUCCCAGAGGGUCCAACGCCUGCACUCGGGACGCUUGCGAGCCUGAACCCUCUUCAUGGACGCGUCUCCGCGAUUCACACUUCUGCCUUCUUCCACCUCUUCGAAGAAUCCAACCAGCACGAGCUCGCGCGUGCCGUCGCAGGGCUGCUGUCUCCAGAGCCCGGUUCGCUCAUCCUCGGCGUACAUGUCGCGGCGCCGGAGAAAGGUGUCCGUCGCUCGGAGGGAAGCGACAAGCCCUUCGAAAUCUUCUGUCACUCGCCAGAGAGCUGGACGGAGAUGUGGGACAAUAUCUUCGAGCCGGGGACAGUGAAGGUUGAGACGGAGCUCAAGGAAAUGGCUAACGGGGCGCAGAGGACAGGAAUAAACAUGCGAAUUUGGGAGAUGGCGUGGUCUGUGACAAGACUGUGA